AUGUUUUGUCGCGAAGCUAUGGGUUCUACUUUGCGUUCGUUGGCUGGCCGCCAUCGCUUGCUCGCCGUCCACCUCUCAACAUCAACGCCGGCUACAGUAGUCGCACAACCGCACGGUUUCCGAGUUUACCUUCAACAGCAAUCCAGGCGCUCGUGCGUUGAAGUAGCUGCUGCCAAGGGGGACCGACCGAGCACAAGCGGCCGCAGCGCAACAAACGAGUCCCGACCCCGACUGGCAAAGGUACUAGCAGCGUGUGGAGUGGCUUCCCGACGCGCCUGCGAGGAGCUCAUUUCGGAGGGCCGAGUACGUGUCAACGGCCGAGUGGUUUCGGAGCAAGGAACCACCAUUGACCCCACAACGGAUCGAGUGGAGCUGCUGGUCAAAUACAGUGUCAACCUCCACCGCGGCCAUCGCGUCCGCCGUCAUAAUCUGAUCUAUCCGGAACCCGACAAGGGCUACAUAUGCUCCAGCAGUGAUGUGAGUGGUCGGGGGAAGCUGGCUGUGCAGCUGCUGAACCCCUGGCUGGAGCAGUGGCGCAGGAACAGCAAAGACACGAAACGACUGCCCCCGCGUUUCUUCACUGUGGGGCGCCUGGACGUGGCAUCAAGCGGCCUGAUCUUCAUUACUAACGACGGUCAUUGGGCCAACCGGGUCAUCCACCCCUCCUCCGGUCUGACCAAGGAGUAUGUGGUGGGGCUGGGGAGGGACGCGAGCAGACCGCAGCUGCAAGCACUGGCAGCGGGGACGGAGGUCGCGGGUACGUUUGUUUCCCCUGUGGAGGUGGAGGUCCUGGGCGACUCGCGGAGGUUGAGGAUUGUUGUGCAGGAGGGCAAGAAACACGAGGUUCGCGAGUUGGUCAAGGCGGCGGGUCUGGAGCUGACCUCCCUGAAGAGGGUCCGCAUCGGCGGGUUCCGCCUGCCCCGGGACCUGGGGAUUGGCGGGUUCAGGGAGCUCAAGCCCUCAGAUCUCCGUACAGUGACCGACCUCGCGGCGCAGGAGGCCGCCUCCGCCAGCGGGGAGACGCGGCAGGCGGUGCAGCGGCAGGCGGCGGCGCAGAGGGCGGCAGCGGCGGCGGCUUCCGUACCGCGAGCUCUGAGGGGAAUGGGGGAGGAGGUUCUGGAAAGGCUGAGGAAGGCGAGGGAGUGA